AGAUAGAUAGAUAGAUAGAUAUGUCCUUCCUUCAUUCCUCUUCUCCUUUGUUACCUCAUUUCUAAAAUGUCUAACGGUGAUGAUUUCCCAAGGGUAACCCACUCAGGUCAAACUAAAUCUAGAAGGGAAUGAGAGAAGGGGGAGAGAGAAAGCUAGAACGAUAGCAGUACCAAGAGAUGACAAGUGAGAGAUGAGAAAGAGAGAUAGAGAUUAGAUGGAGGAAGAGAGAAAAGAGAAGCAGCUGGAGAGGAGAAGUUGGUCUCUUUGCAGCUCCAAAGCUCUUAAAGCCCCUGAAGCUGUGUGGAGUGUAAAUGGGAGGGAGAUAGAGAGAGAGAGAGGAAGGGAAGGAUAGAGCGAGAGGUAGAGGGAGGUUGAAUUGAGAAGAAGAAAAGCUAGAGGGGAGAGAGAGUGAAAGGGAGAGGAGGAGGAGGAGGGUUUGCGUUGGUGUGUUGGUUGGCAGAGAGAGCGCUUGUCAAAAAAACCUUCCUCUGACAGAAGGCAUGAUUCACAGCAGAGAGAGAGGGAGAGGGGAGAGAGAAAGGGGGAGAGAGAGGGAGACAAGCAACAGAAAAAGAGAAAAGCGGCAGAGAUAAAGGGAGAGAGGGAGAGAAAACGACGGGGCAGAGAUGCCGAAAGAUGACAGUAAUCAACAAACACAGCCGGAAUGAGAGGAAAAGCUUUAACUGGAUUCAGUCCUCCAUCCACUGUGCUCGGUCUUUCUGUCGCUCUGUGUCUGACUGACUAACGCUCCACUGGAUAAAGACUUAAUUGGCUCUGAACAGACAGCCAGAACAAUAAACAAGCAGAAUAAAUACAAAUGCAGUCAUGCUGGGAAGAGAGUGGGAGAAAAGAUGAGCUAAGAACAGUAACCUGUGGACAUAAAAACUGGACAUAUUUUGUCUUAAAUUUUCAUGUUUUUCUUCAAAAUCUGGUUGGAAUAUUUCUCAAAGAAGGAUUCCAUCUCCAAAUUUCAUGUGGACAUUAUGUUGUUUACAUUGUUUUUAUGUCAUGGAGCUUUUGACAGACGGAUUUUUUUUGCAACACUGCCAUACUUUGAUCACAAGAUUGUCCUGACUUCUCAUUAAAACAGAAGGAAUAUGCUUCAGUGUUUUACCAGGAAAGAAAAGCAAAUUUUUUUGACAGUUUGACAUUUCUCCAUUUCUUUUAUUUUGCCAUGGCCCUGUCUAAGCCAGCUGCCAUGCAUCUUCCACAUUCUGAAAUCAACAUUUUUCAGAAUUAGUAAAAUUAACAAAUUCACAAUUCGCUCUUCAAGCUUCAAACGUGCCUCCCACCAACCCUUCCCACCAUCAGCCAUCCAACCAAUCAUGGGCAAGCCUCUUAGCCGUCCCGGGUGUUUCAGGAAAAGCUCCUGCUGCCUGGAGAAACAUGGAGCUGGGGAUGGGGGAGUGGGAGGGCGAGCUGGGGGAAUGGAAGGGGGAUACGGAGACGGCUACGUACCCCAACGGUCCAUCUAUGAUACCAUGUGCAUCAAUCAACAGAUUGACAGCCAUCACCAUCACCCUGGAGGGUCCAUAAGGCGAGACUGUGGAGGUGAGGGAAGUUUCAGCUACUCUGCAAGCGGUUCCCUGAGGGUUAGCAGGUCUCCAGCUGACAUGUUUGAUGCACAGCCCCGCUCUUUAACUCCAAACCCCUCGUUUGUGCGGCGACUGGACGAAAGAACCAUCUAUGAUUCAUUGAAGCUUGGGAGUCAGGAUGCAGAUGGUGGCGGAUGCCAUUCUCCAGGACGUUUCACUCGAUCAGUUUCUCCCUCUGUGUCCUCGUUCUCAGCACCAGGAGUGUCCUCCUCCUCAUCCAAGAAACACCACCAUCACCACCACCAUCACCAUGGAGACAGCACAAAAAGCAGAGAUGGUCGACAUUCCUGGAAAGUCUUGACACCUCCAAAACACCUGGAGUGUCUAGAGCUUACUACAACUGAAAUGAUGGACAGAGGAGGCGGGUACCUGAACCCAGGGCACUACCCUCCUGGGGGCCAGUCCUCCUCUUUUACCUCCCCCCUCAUUUCCCCCUUCUCUGGUUCACCUCUCUCUUCGGGUUACCAUACUCCAGUUUUUUUCUCCCCUGCCAAACCUCGCCCCAGUCAGACUCAGAGUUUACGCUGCUCCCCUCCCCAGGUCAUCCAGCCAAGGCAUUACUCCCAAACCCAGAGCCUCAGGCUGUCACCACCACAGGAGCUUAGACGAUCCCCGUACCGUGCCCCGCUGGUCCAACUGUCUGCUCACGAUCUCGAGCAGGACCUGAGGGAUCGAGGAGGAGGAUGGGGCCGGAGUGAGCGAGAAAGGGAGUGGGAGAGGGAGAGAGAAAGGGAGAUGGAGAGAGGGUGGGCCCAGCGAGAGUGGGAAAGAGAGAGGGAAAGGGGGAGGCUGGAGAGGGAGAGGGCGAGAGAAAGGGAGAGGAGGGAAACCUCUUUUGGGACCUUUGGUUAUGGUCGACCAGUUCCUCUGCGUUCAGACAGAGACUCUGUGUUUUUAGAGUCCGACCAGGUUCUAGACACAACGCCCCUGUUGCACCCCCAGCCCUCACCUUCACCCUCCCCCAGUGCUGCCCCCAGAAUGGGCUGCGGAGCUGUGGGUAGGAAUAGAGCUGGGUCAAAGGUUGGCCCUGAAAGUGUAGGUGGCGUUAUGGUUUCAAAGUUUGACAAUGGAAGUGUGGGUUUGGUGUUAGUUGACAGUAAAUCUGGGUGUGGGCCAAGGUUAGUAAGUGAAGUUCCAUCUGGAAAAAUGUCAGAGGCAGAAAUCAGAGCUGGAAUGCAAGAACACCAUAGAACAGAAAGUUGGAACAAAUAUGACAACGGAUCCAGAGCUAGCAUUAAAAAUGGGUCUGAAACAAGAAUGGGCACCCAGGUCAAAACAAGACCAGGGGGACGGGAUUUGGAAGGAAAAGUGCAAUCUGGGAUGGAAAAUAUGGCUCCAGUUUUGAGCAAGGAGGGACACAGGGGAGGGACAAGGGGUGGAGAAAAAUCUGGAAGGGUUGUGGCUAAACCAGAACGUAUUGCUGAGGCUAUACCUUCAACUGUGAUUGACACUGAGAAUAAGGUUGAGACUGGAGAUAAAGUUGAGAUAGGAGCUGGAUCUGGUCUGGGGAUGAAGUCAGAGAUUGAAGCAGGGGUUGAAUCUAAAACUAGUUCAAGGCAGGUGGAGAACAGGACUGGAACAGAUGGAGGUGCAGCAAAAGUUAUUAAUAAUGAUGUUGGUUUAGCAGCAGAGUCCAGAGUAGAAGCUAAAGUUGAGACAGAAGUUAAGAUUGCUCCUACAUCUGAGCCUGAAGCAGUACCAAAAACUAGGGUUAGUAAUGAGACAGGGACUAAGAGUAACACUGAGACUGGAGUUGAAAGCCAGAACAACAGCAAGACAAAAGAUGAAGCUCAGAUAAGUGUUGUGGCUGGGGAUAAAACGGAUACAGCCCCUGCAAAGCAAGCUGAGAAAAAUACUUUGGACAUGGAUAAAAUAGAAUCUACCCAUGUAGAGAAAGGUUCCAGGUCCCAUAAAUCCAAAUCAUCCAAGUCCAGCUCCAGGACUCGACCUGGCACGGCCACAGGGCUCCGACCAGGUGUAGUCAGCCCUCGACUAAGCAGAGGGCUUGGGGACCUUGAGUCAACAGGCCCCACUGAGGGCAUUGAGUCCACCUGGCCUCGCCGAAUCAUGGUCAGAAAGAGGACUGUUCGGCAGGGUGGGGCACUCCACAACCUCCCUAUUCUCCCCCCACUCCCCUCUGUCCUCUCAGCAUUGGAGAAGAGGCGCCCACAUGCCCACCUCCACCCCCGUCAAGGCUUCUCAGAGAACGUGCUAACAAAUGUAAUUAAUGCCACAAGUAUUGUGGGACGAUGCUCACUUAAAGAGCCCCCCCAUCCUGAACCAGGACAGGGGGCCAAUUUGGUGGGCAGGGCUUCCCUGAAGGAGCAGAACUUGGAACACUGGAGGGUCUGCAGAGAGCAGGAAGAACACAAGAGAUCCAGGAGCAAGGAGAAACAAGGAGAGAACAGUAAUGAGAAGACUGAGAUGGAGGAGAGGAAGGGGAAUGAAGAGAAGAGAGAAAAGGAGAGGAGAGAAGAGAAAGACAAAAGAGAGGAGAACGUGGGUAAGGAGAAAGAGAAGGUAACUGUUAAUGAGGGGCUGGUGGAGGAAAUCAAACAAGAAAAAUCAAAGAGAAACUUUGAAGGGAAAGUGCAAGAGGAUGGUAACAAAAAAGAUGUUAUGAAAAAGGAAAAGCAUGUAGAAAUAAAGUGCGAAAAGGUAGAAGAUAGAGGGAUGAAGAUUAAGGAUGGAAUACAAGAGCAGCAUGGACAAGAGUUUGAGGAGGUGGUGGCUAAAUUAAAGAAAGAAGAAGGUGAGGUGGAGGGAGGAGACGGAGGGACAUUUGGAGAGGAAGGGGGGAUGGAGAGUUGGGAUUCUGUCCUUGAGAUGGUCACCACAUUGUGGGACGACGGCUGGGAGAAAGGGGGAGCAGGAGGAGUGGGUGAUACAGAUUCCUUCUCAGGCUCCCUGCAACGUUGGCCUCUCCUCCGGCCCCCGAUUGGCUUUGGGGGCUCCCACCCCCCCUCCUCAGCAGCCUCGGAGCUCAGCCUGACAGAGUUAGAAAGGAGAGCCAGGGAGCUUGACUCUGACCUGGAGCACCUAGACCUGUCUCAGCCCCAUAGGGACACCCAGGCUUUAUACCAAACACUGCUGGAGCCACAGAGAGAACGGGCUGACAUGUACCAAACACACCCUGGGCCGCAGAGGGAGAAAGCUGCUCUCAUGACAGGAGUGGGGAGCAGAUCCCAGGUCAGUUUGGAGCUCAGUGCUAUGGCCUCCCCAGCUACAGACACAGACAGACCUCCUGUUGACUGGUCAACCAAAUCUACUGGGACAUCCACUGUUGGCACAAGCUACACUAAGGAGGACAGCUCUCCAGACUCGAACCUCACGCUGGAGUCCGACUCCAGUGGCGUCUUCCUCUCCUUAUCCAAUCAGAGCCAGGAAGAGGCCGGCUCUGACAGCGACCAACCAAUCAGUGGCUCCGACCUAGGCAGCAGCAGUACGUCACUGGAGAAAGACGGGGACGAAGGAGGGUUGAAGGAAUGGGGUAGGGAGGAGAGUGCAGAGCUGCAAUGGUGCUACCCAUCACUCCUCAACACCUCCAUGCAUGAAGACAUAGAAGGAGAUGGUGAAAGAGAGGAAGCAGGGUGUGGAAAUAUGGGGGGAGAUGAAGAGAGAUGGAAAGAUGAGAAUGGAAGGAGAGUUGGAAAAAUAGGAACGGUUUCAGUCAUUAAGUCCCCACACGACCAUGCAGAUAUUGAGGGCCCCAUGACCCUAAAUGCUCCACAAAGUGAAGAAAUUCCACCUAGGAAAAAGGUGACCCUCAUGGGAAGUGACUCCCCUCUUCCUCUGUCUCCCUCAAAACAACCAAUCAAACACUUUCUAGAUCCUAAUCAGAAGCCAAUCAGAAGCUCAGGACUAGACUGUGGUGACUUAGAUCCUUUUGUUCAAUCAGACAGCUUUGUUUACCUUGCUGUGUCUGCAAGACCUGCCUCCCAGGGUGAAGUCACCACAAUGUCUGAAGUUCCCAUCCGCGAUACAAAACAAGACAGUGUACAGCAACACUUGGAUAGCAUGAAAACACACUUGGGCCAGUCAAAACGGGACGCCAAGCCGACUCCCCUGGCCCCACAAAAACCAGAGGAAGGAGACUUUCUGUGCACUGACAGCUUUGUCUACCUGGCUGCUCCAGCAUGCCUCUUACUGGGCCCUGCAGGAACCACAUCCUACAGUGGCAGGGACUCAGACUCGGAAAGUUCAGGAUCUGGCCCUGUUGAUCUGUCAGUGCUGGGUUGUGGCUCGGUGGCAGGGGACAGUGACUGGGACUCGGACCUGUCUGACUCCGAUCCCAGUCGCUCCUCCAGAUUCUCUGCUGCUGGCAACAAAUGUGCCAGCGUAGCACGGCCCAAGCGGCUGCCUGCUGAACUGGGCUGGGACUUGUUUGGAGAAACCACCGAGCCUGAAGUGCUGAGUGAGCUCUUCAGGGAACAGGACAAAAACAACAAUGGCAAAGCAAGGAAGGUUACAGGGGUUACCACUAGCAUGGCAGCAACACAGGCCAUUCCCAUGGCAACUCAGCCUGUCACUACGCCACUGAAGCGGGAGGCAACAGUAGAGCAGUCGUCAACAUCGAAGAAGGUGACAUGGCAGUUUAAACCAGCCCAGAGGUCAGUCUGCACAGGAAGCAGGAAGGAGAAAGACAAGGAAGUGACAUCAUCAUCAUUGGCAAGGUUCACAGAACUGGAAGGCGAGACCCAUAGGCCCUCCCCUUCAUCUUCAUCGUCUUCAUCAUCGUCACCAUCGUCAUCCUCUUCUGGUUGAUAUGUGAAGGAAAUUGUUUUUGUCCAACCAUUUGGGAGAAUCUGUCAUUGCCUGAAACGGAGUUGGUUGCAGAAAGGUAGAAAAAAUCUUCAACUCAUUCUGUAGAAACUGAUGGUGGGAACGACUCCAGCCUGUUUUUGCCUGUAAAUUUUGAAUCUUGCAUCAAGCUGCUGCCAUUGCCUUCUUAUGACCUUCUAAAGGCUGCAUAAAAGACUAGUUAUUUGUUGCAUUUUCUUAGAAUAGCCUACAGAAUAUCGUAUAUAAUCAGUUUAAGUUUGAGAGAGUGUGAGACUCAGGCUAAACAGAGACCUUCAGGUUGAGAUUAUGUGGAAAUACGGCCACUGAUUGAACACUUAGGUACAGUAACAUAUGCACAGUGUCAUUCUUAAUGGGGUUCUGUUUUCAGCGGCCAAAUUUUGAAACACAGGGUUGAUUUAUUAGUUACACAGUCACAUUAUUCUCCAUCUAAAUAAUAAAUAAGAAUAGUUCUGUGGGGUUUUUUAUUCUGUUGAAUGUACUGUACAGAAUACACACAACUACAAAAUCCUUCCUAAAACAAAAUUCACAUAUCAAGCAUUGUCAAUUAUUUGGCUUGGUCACCUCAAACAUUACUACAAUGUUGGAAUGUUGGAGUCACAUGACACAUAAAAGUGACUACAGUUGGAGACAAGAAUUUGUGUCGGACUCCGACAUUCUAUUAUUGUUUUAUAAAGAUCAAACAUCGUAAUGUGUCUCAGGCCUUAUAUCAAAUUACACUUCCUUUCCCAUAUAAUGCCUCACUUUAACGCCUACUCUUACUACUUCAUAUCUGUACUUUAAAAACAGACUUUUAAAAGCCGACUGAGGUCAAACUUUACAGUGUACAAUGUAUUUUAUAAUCACAUCCAACUUUACAGUGUAUUUAACAGUGUGUCAAUAAUAUAUUUUGAACAUUGAGAUAAUUAUAGAGCGAGACAUAUAUAUGUGAUGAAUGUGCAAACACGAAUAAAUAAUGGCAGGAUUUAGUAAUAUUAUUUAAUUUAAAUGUGUUAUUUAUCAAUUAGAUUUGAAAUUGUGAAUGUAAUAAUUGAGCAAUAUGCUUACAAAUUCAUGCUAUAUUCUAUGUUUCAUAUGUGGAAAGUGUUGCCUGAGUGAUGUGUAUAAUAAUGGCUGAGUUUGAUUUUAUUUAUACCGCCAAAUACUAAUUGUAAAUGCAGUCUUACACUCAUUCAGAGGUUCUAUGUGUAACAUUUUUAAACAUCAAGUCAUCAUCGGGCAGCUUAGUAUAAUUGCCAUAAACAAUGGGACCAUGGCUGAGAUGAUCGAUAGCCUUUGUCACACUCUAGUGUUAUUUUUAGUGCUAGUGUUUCUCAAAAGACUUUAUCUCCCAUAAUCCCCCUUAUGUACUGUCUCUCCUCAUCUCUGCAGCAUCUUUGGCUUUACUGGAGAGGAUAAACAUGUUGGAGGCCACCAUUUGUCGCAGUGAGAACAUUUGACAGAUUUAGCUGAAAGUAAAGCAGUCCAGAAGAUUUCCCUCCAAAUCUAAGUUGGUGGCACACACAAUGUAAAACUGCAGUGCGGAGGCUGGUAGAGCCGCCAGUCAUCCCAGCAGUGGUCUUGUUGUUGAGUAAUUAUACUAAUGCGUCAAAAUGAACGUGGUAAUCAUUUGAUGUUAAAAAUGAUACAUGUAGCACCUUUAAAUGAGAGCGCAGUGCUAUCAGAUUUGUUAUCCUAUUACAAAUGUGACGAAGGGAAGGUGUCAGGUUCACAGAUUACUGUCAGUUACACAAUAAUCAUUCUUGUUACAAUUUGAGGUGGUUAUGAAAGACUGCGUGGGAAAUCAUGGCCUGACAGGCAUAUCGCUUCCCAAGCAGGUUUAGUUGUACUAUUUUACAUUUGCACUUCAAAUUGGGCCGUGAGAGGUAACUGUUUGAAUUUUGACAACUUCUAACUCAACUAAGUGUGUGUGUUUGACAGUGAAGGUAAAGGCAGUAGAGUUUGGAGGGUGAAAUGUGGGGAUGCUGUGGCCAUAUUUCUUGAUUGAUGGGGUAAGUUUAUUGAUGAAAACUGUUGCCUUAACUGCCUUUAUGAUCAGUGAAACGCUCAGCCAGUUCUAACUCUUGAUGAUUAUGCUCUGUGUAAACCGACAGGAUUUGGUAGAGCUGAAUGCAGCUGUCAGGUUCACUGAGAGAUUUAUUUCUUUUGAGCUCAGAUUUACAAGCACAUCCACAGAGUAAUUAAGUGCUUUGAUAGCAUAUCUGUAUUUGUAAAGCUGCAGGAAUGUCAGAAUGUUAAUCAGGACCGAACUAAUGAGUAAGGUUUAAAAACACAGACCCUGGCAGCUUCUGAUUUUAUUAACCAUGUUAAAAUGCAUUGGAUGUACAUUCCUUGAUAUUGCAGUUUCAAAACAUAAAAGUUAGGGGGCUGGAAUAAUGCUACCUGGCCCCAGGUUUUUUGUGUGUGUCAGUUUGUGGUAAUUUGAUUAGACAGAAAUGCAUGUAGGGAUGUAGACACAAAAAGGUGUGUUAGCCUCCGCGAAAUCCAUUACAAUCAUGGAAUGUACAACUUGGAGUGUUGGGCAAUUUACUUGAACUGUAAUCAAUUACUGAUUACUCAUUUAAAAAGUAAUUACUUUACUUUACUAAUUACUCAUUGAAAAAGUAAUUCAUUACAUGACUUGCUUUUUUUUUCUCUGCCCAGCUCCAUCAAAGGUGCCUUUAAACAACUCCAAAUCCUCCACACUCGCACUCUGCAACUUUUGUAUUUAUAAAAUAUAAAAGGGAGACAUGACGGUUUACAGUUUGGAGGGAUUUACUGACCAUUCAGCAACUAGCUUAGAUUAGCUUUGAUGACUGCACAGAGUACUCCAUAAAGUCCUAACCUUACGUUAAACUUAGCAAGCCAUUUUAAAAAAUGUAAAUAAGACAAGGGAACCAUUAUUGCUCUUUUGGCAUGCACUAACUGCCUGUCUGUUUAAGGUCUGUGUAUCAUUCGGUUACUCAAUUAGCCUAUUUCAUCUGAAAUCUGAAAGUUUUUGAGGGCAUCAAAAAUGGAAAUAAGUUUUAGUUUUUUUUGCGAAACAAAACAACAAAUCUCAUUUCUGUUUUUAGAUUUUGUCAGACCUUUCUUCCUUGUGCGUUUGUGCUGAACAUGAUUGCUGCCCAUACCUGGCAGGUCCUCGCAGGACAAAAUAGUAGAAUGUUAUCAGUCAUUUUAAUGAUUUCUCAGGAGUUAAUGACACAUAUUAACCUUUACUAUCAAGUUCAGCAGUGUUGACAGACGUAAUAAUCGUAUAGGAACCAGAAAUAUCCAGAGGCAUAGGCUACAGAAGGCCAAGCACUGUAAUGAUAAUGAAAGAACUGUGAUGUCUGUAGAGUAGUGACAUUUAGUUUUGAGUUUACUGACUAGCGAUAUUAUUUUAUUCUCAGAAGAUUUCCUUUCUUAAAUAAUCCCCAUACACACAACUAUACCCCGUGUCAUUUACAUAAUCCCUUUUAGUGUGGAUCUGUAUGUGAUCAUAAUGCUGCCCCCUCCUCAGUCAAUUAAGGGAACAAGAGCAGUAUUGUCUCCUCUUAUACGCAUCACAGGAUAACUGUCUAAACUCCCACGCUUAAAAGCAUAGCGGUGAGGACAAAAACUGAUUUCACCGGUGGGGUUUAAUGUAGAAAACCUUGCACACCGCAGGAAACACUAUCUAUGUUCACUUGGUCACUCCUACGUUCACAACAGGCUACAGUCUCCACCUGUCAGCACUGAUGAACCUGGUUAUUAUCUCUGAUUGACAGUAUUUUUUGUAUGUUUAAAAAUUGUUUUACAACUUAUACUUUUCUGCGUGCUCCUGCGAGGUAAGUGCAUGCUGCAGAUAGGGAUAGGACAAUAUGAACAUUUCCUGUCACAAUUAUCUUGGCUAAACUAAUUACAAUACACAAUAUUAUCACGAUAAUCAUGAAAAUAUAAUUAAUACUUUUAGAAUAGCACUAAAACAUACUGGAAUCACUUUACCUUACAUUUUGUUAAGAAACACAUUGAUUUAUUGUAUUACAGACACAUCUCCCUGUUCUUUAUUUAGGAAUCUAUACUUUUUCCAUGGUUUUCUACAGUUUAACCUUUUUUUUGUGGGGAUACAACUGGCAAACUGAGCCUUCAGCCACGGUGACAGGAUUAGGAUUUUGGAAUGAUGCUGGCUCCCUUUUGUCCCCUUGUUCAAAAUAAUUCAGGAAAUAGUAUAUGCUGGAGAGCUACACAGCUUUUUAAAAAAGCUGUGUGAGCAUAUUCAUGAUUAUCACAAUACAUUUAUGCGUUUUUGUGAGUGUUUUUUAUUGCAAUACGCAGUGAUAUGGUAUAACGUCCCUAGCUGCAGAUUAGGCUGCAAGGGCAAACAGCGGAGAAAAAAAAGUAACAGAGAAAUUUAAAUAAGACUUUUGCAUUUGGAAGUCGAAAACAAGAAAACUAAAUACCAGUAUAGAUAGACAGUACCUACGGAUGCACUCAUUUAGAAUGGCAACAAACACCUACGUGUCCACUUACAUUGUCCAGUUACUAAUAGUUAAUCCACACCUGUUGGCCAAUCAGAAUUGAGAUUAUUGAGCAGCCAUGGUGUGAACUAAAAUAACACAGUUUAAACUAAAUUUUGGGGUCACAUAAUAAGUUCAUAAAGCAGGAUUUGGCUUUGGUGUUUUACUUUAGUCCUGCCAACAAAUCUGUCAUUAAUCAAAUUACCAAAAACCUAUUACAUGAAUUGAACCUGGGACUUUUGGGGGCCUGGGUCCUGUUCUAGUUUUGUUAAUAAUCCAGCCUUGCAUUUUGGGAUCUGCUAGUGCAAUAAUAAAGUCAGAAAGUGAAUCUUUUACAAAACAACAGAAUUAGCACUUAUUUGGAAGUGGCCAAGCUCACAUUGUGAUAUUCCACAUAGUUUGGACACAUUCCACCCACAUUUCACAUAUGAGCAAUAUAAAGAGUGGAGCGGGUGUAUGUGUUAUGAAAGACAUAAUUUUCACUGAUGCAAUCUCCUCCUUUUUAUUCUAUAUGAAAGACUGCAUUGGAAUAUGGCUGUAGAUCAAGUUUAGGAGAGCAAGUUUCCCCCCGCAGCUCCACAGUGGGGCUCCAGGCCGUGUCUUGGUGAUUCUCUGCCAGCUCUGGCAUCUCGAUGUGAUCAUGCGUAGAGAGCUGUGCUGCUUGUUUGAAGCUGACUGUUUCUUGUUGUUGAAAUGGAACAGGGCUGUGGCAUUUAUAAAACUACCAGGACAAAUUGUCUGGUGGUUCACACUGCCUAUUACAUCACACCGACUCCAUGCUCUGGCUGAGGUCUCAUUCUAAAAAGGCUGUUUACAUGACACUGUUCAUUAACCUGUGUAAUCUGUGUGGGCUUUUCUUUAAUAUAUUAGACAAUUGGCACGAUGAUGUGUAGCACUUGAAAACUUGCUUUCUAUUGGAAUAAUGAUGUAUUUUCUAACCCUGCUGCUGUACAUGUUUGCUGGAAAGAACUGAACUUCAAAGCUCAAAAAUUGGACCAAAUGAGAGGAUAAGCCAGAUAGUUGUAUGUACUAUUUUUAUCAAUGAAAUAAUCUUUGAUUUUCGCUCGCGUUAAACUGUGGCAAGACAUCUAGUUUCACUGUGAUAUAUUAAGGAUAAAUUACUUUACGCAUCCUUCACUGACUUAUGUAAAAUCCAGUAAUAUCAGGCCAUACGCGUAAUACUUUGUUGUUCAUGUAAAUGCUGAUCACUGUUCAAGCUUAGUGGUGAUUAAGAACUAAGACCUGAGAGGAAUUCUUAGUGGAAAAAUCUGAUUUAUGUGAAAUCUUAUAAUGUGCUGUAUUCUCAAGCCUUGUUGAAAUGCAUUAAUGUACAAAUAAAGACUAAACUUGAUGGUG